AUGGGACAGCAGUUCACCAAUGCUGAAGGGGAGCAAGGAGAGAUUGAUGUUGCAGAGCUGCAGGAAUGGUAUAAGAAAUUUGUGGUGGAAUGUCCCAGUGGGACCCUCUUCAUGCACGAGUUCAAGCGGUUCUUCGGGGUCCAGGACAACCAGGAGGCAGCAGAGUAUGUGGAGAACAUGUUCAGGGCUUUUGACAAGAACGGGGAUAACACCAUCGACUUUCUGGAGUACGUCGCUGCCUUGAAUCUUGUUUUACGAGGAAAACUGGAGCACAAGCUGAGGUGGACGUUCAAAGUGUAUGACAAGGAUGGGAACGGCUGCAUAGAUAAACCUGAGCUGCUGGAAAUUGUUGAGUCUAUCUACAGGCUGAAGAAGGUGUGCUGGUCCGACGUGGAGGACAGGACCCCGCUGCUGACACCAGAGGAGGUGGUGGACAGGAUAUUCCAGCUGGUGGAUGAGAACGGGGAUGGGCAGCUGUCCCUCGAUGAGUUCAUUGAUGGAGCCAGGAAGGACAAGUGGGUGAUGAAGAUGCUGCAAAUGGAUGUGAACCCCGGGGGAUGGAUCACGGAGCAGAGGAGGAAGAGUGCUUUGUUCUGAGAAAAUGAGGCUUUGGCACGGCUGAAAUCGUGAUGCUGACU